AUGUCCUUAUUUUGUAUUUGUAUUACGGGUUUUAAUGGUUUGGAAGAUCAGAGAAGCACUUCCGCAACUUCUUCCGCCGGGGCCCCCCCUGCCCCGACGCAGUCUGGCAUUGUUGCCCAUUGCCUGGAGUGGUACAUGGCUCAGACAAACGACUCUUGCACGGCGAUUGCAUCAGCAUAUAGCAUCACACUUGCCCAGUUCAACACAUGGAAGCCGGCUGUCGGAGAUGAAGCAUACUGUGUGAAAGCCCCCACCACUGCUAUAACGACCCACUCUACUGCGGUGACUACCUCUACCCGAGCAACUAUGACGCCACCAGCACCAACCCAGGCAGGAAUUCCCUCUGAAUGCAACGCAUACGAUGUGGCUCAGGACGGUGAUGGAUGCGAAGUGUUCGCUUCUCGUAACAAGAUCACAGUUGAUCAGCUUUCUUACUGCAUCGGUGUCUCGUCUUAG